UUCAAUGGAGAUGGGACUGGUCUAUUACCGCUCGGCUGGUUUAAUAAAGAACGUCAACUGCCAUUCUCAUUCACCUUUGACACCACAAAAAGAUCGGGACAGGACUAUUGCUUCCAAAGCACACAUCAAGAUAGCAAUCUCCUUCAUUUCCCUUCCUCUAGCUAAGCACUCUAGCUAGCUAGCAAGACAAGAUGGCUGUUGGUACGAGUUCUAGCUCUACCAGUACUAGCUCAAAUAAGAAACGCAAGAAGGGCGAACCUACAGAUGCGAUGAUUCGUCGACCUCGGCGUUCGAUCACUUCGUUUACGAUGGAAGAGAUUUGUGACUUGCGUCACUUGGUGGGAGCUCAAAAGGAAGAUCCAACGGUGGUGGCACUCAUCUACGUUCAUGGCUCUUGGAACACCAAAGCCUGUUUGCCCAAGCACGGUCAAGUCGACCGCUUUUCACUGCUGGAGGGGCUUUUUUCCCGUGCUUCCAGUAAUACCAGUACUUCUACAAGUAGUGAUGAGUACUGGAACGUGAUUGGAGCACUGCAAGUGGAUCGAUCGGAUGACACGUAUGCUUGCUGUGUGGGAGAUGACUCGUUCGCUGGAGCUCAUUCUCUGCAAGACUUACCCAUUCCACCGGAUCAGUUGCCCGUCUUGGCCGUUGCCAUUCAUACGCCGGACCGAGAACAUGCCAGAGUUAAAUACUUGACUCAAAUUCCUCCUUCCCAGUUGCUGUGGUAUUCCGUACUCCAACGAAAUCCGAAACUGCAGCAAAACAAACAAGCGGCUGAAAACGUGCAACAAAAAUGGGCCAACAUUCUUCAAACCAACAUUCAAGAAACCAUUCAAGGAAUCCAACAAGAGGACAAUCAAACACACAAUCCAGUAGCAGUAGCAGUACCAACCAAUAGUAGCCAACAACAACAAGAACAACCCAUUCGCAUCUUUGUGGCAGGAGAUCGAUCGUCCGUGGGAAAAUCCAGUGUCUGUUUGGGAUUGCUGGGAAGUCUACUCCAAGCUCCCUUUCACUACCAACCCUCCCAAUUGGCAUAUAUCAAACCGGCCACACAAUGCGAAGCCACACAGUUGGUACAAACCUUUUGUGAAACCAAAGGCAUUGCGCAACGAGCCGUGGGACCACUCGUCUAUUACAAGGGAUUCACACGCGCCUUUCUCGCGGGGGAAACUGAUUCCACGCAAGCAUUACUCCAACAGUGUGCCGCCGCCGUCGAUGAUAUUGCACGCAACAAGAAGGUCGUAUUGGUUGAUGGAGUAGGAUUUCCCGCCGUGGGAAGUAUUUGUGGCACGGACAAUGCAUCCGUCUGCAAGGCGUGCAGUUAUCCUAUCUCCACUAACUCGGGUGGAAGUCGACAUCCCAUGGGAGUCUUGAUUGUGGGGGGCAGCGGCGUUGGAGCGGCCGUUGAUAGUUUCAAUCUCAAUGCCACCUAUUUCCAACACGCCAACAUUCCCGUCAUGGGAGGCAUUUUCAACAAAUUAUCGACCGAUCCCAAAGAUUACUACUCCUUGGAGCAUUGCAAAACAGCCGUCACGGCCUAUUUUGAACAACGACAACACGCACCACAAGCCUUUGGAUUUGUACCCAAAUUCGAUGCCAUGGACGAAUCCGUAGACGAAUUCAUCAACGUCUUUGGCAGUCAUGUCAAUAUUGCAGGGAUUCUAAAAAGUGCCCAACAAAUUCAACAACAAACACAACAAACAGCAGCAACGACGACGACGACAACGAGCAAGACAACGGUGGAUACGGUCCAUGUGGACGGUUGCACCGUGACUGUUACCACAACCACCACUAGGAGCCAACCCAACGACAAUGACAGUGGCAAUCAAAGCAACAAAAGCAACAAACGAGUCCGUCUCGGCAGCGGUCAAGGAACUCCAUUUGAUCCCAACGUGCGUAGUAGUCACUUUCCAACGAAAUUGAAAACCAAAUUAGAUCAGGAAGAAGGAACAACGAACAAAAAGAGGAAACCACCAUUGUCACGAGACGAUAUUGAAUUCAUGGCAUCGCAAGCAGGAGCGGCCGGUACGGCGUGAGGAGCAAAGCGGUAAAUGCAAUGAAUGAAAUGCACAAACAACCAUGAAGUUUGGUCUGGGUUUUUUGUUUUGCUACAAAAAACCGAAUGACGUGUCAUUUCCCAACAGCCCAUCAAUCGAUGUGAUGGCUGAGGAGAUGGCAUUGAACAACAGCCAACAGGUAGUGUGCAUUUGCAUUGCAUUGCACUGCAUGGCAUUGCUUUAUCAAUUUUUGUUUCCAACUAAGUAUCCCCGUGGAGUUUUUGCGUCGACCGAGUAUGUACCGGUAAGAGGUACUGUACGAGUAAAAACAAAAACCACUUGUACAAGUACCGAUAAUCGUAAUGUUCUGCAUAUUUUAUGUGUUUGUUGUGAGUUCCCUGCGCAGUCGACCGUGCCAACCGCAUAUUAUUAGUAUAGCUAGCUCUUCUUUUGGUUCUUUUUCGGGUGUACAUAUGCCACCUUGGCAGCAGGAGGAAAGUUGGGCGGUUGUGAUUCAUUUUGUUGUUGUUCUCGUUCUAGUUCUUCUUGCUGUUUCAGUUGUUGUCGUAGUUGAUCUUGUUCUUGCAACCACUCCCGUUGUUCCUGUAUCCGCUCCUGAAUAUCGGCUAAAUGAUGUGCGUCGUUGUCGUCAUUGGCAAUGGCACAUUGGAAGAGAUCUUCCUUGGUAUUAUUAGUGGCGGAACUGGUACUAAAUACGUAUCCAUUGCACUUGUCAAUUUUGGCCAAUACACGUCCCACCGAUUCGGCAUGGGUAAUAUCGAGUGGUAAGAAUCCGAGCAAUCCAAAAUCCUCCACGACAUCCGCUAGAGCACGCUGCAAUUUGUCUCGUUUUUGUCGAAACUUGGACGUGCGUGUUUUCUGUCGAGCUUUUUGAUAAUCGGGAUCGUCGGCAAAAUCGAAUUCAUCUAGAUCAUCGUACUGGUUGGCCGUGUCGAGUGUCCCCAUGCCAUCGAGAAAAGGCACGAGUCGUUGCAAGUCGUGACAUUCGGUAAAGAAUUCGAGUCCAAAGGGCAAAUCUCCAUCUUGGUCAAAUUGCGACAACAAAUCGACUUUGGAAAGGACAUUGACAGUGGGCAAUUCGAGUCGAAUCAUGGUAGUGGUCCCCAGCAAGGCAGCCGACAAGAAUUUGUGUGGAUCGGCACAGUAAUGGGCGUCAAUCAGUUGAACAGCCGUCAAGCGCAAAUCCAAACUCUUGACGAGUCGCUGCAGGAUGUGUUGGACACA